ACCUUUCAAGCUUCAGACAAGAUUGUGCAAAGCCUACCCAAGCAAAAUACCCACUACGAUGACUGCCGCUCAGCCACCAAAGUACAUCAAGGUUUCUCUUAUGCUAAAAAAAAGAGAUGAAGUAACGGAUGAGUUCUUUCACCAGUAUUGGAGAGGCAAUCAUGUCGACCUCGCUAUGGCGAAUAAGAAAUUCACCGAUAAGGUGAUUCGGUACAACCAGUGGCACACAAGCCCUGAGCUGAAGAAGCAAGCCUCAAAGUUCGGGAUACCAGUGCUUGAUUAUGACGGGAUAGCGGAGGUUUGGGUUAAAAGCAUAGAGGAUUGGAUUGAAAUAGUAUCGGAUCCAGCCUUCAUUCAAACGAUUGCACCGGAUGAAGCGGUGUUCAUUAAGGCUCCAAUUAGCAUAGCCUUAGGCUACGAUGAUACGGUGAUUGGAGAGAAAGCGCCUCAAUGAAUGGCCUAAUUUCCAAUAUAUCUACCUUCACUUCGUGACCAUGGAUCUAGGUCUGUACGGCUUCACUUUUGCUCGCUCGAUAUCACUGUGAGGAAUAGCCU